CCACACAUUUUCAAUGGGAGACGGUCUGGACUGCAGGCAGGCCAGUCUAGUACCCGCACUCUUUUACUACGAAGCCACGCUGCUGUGUAGCCGCUAGGGACCUAGGGCCAUGUCUAAUUAGCUUCGAAUGGGCGUUGGUUGAGUUUCCUGGGGUCGUUUCGGACCGGCAGAUAUAUGGGCAGCUCCUAGUAGCAGUAGCGGAGUUAGCUUCCCAGUCGCAGUCGCGACUUCGGCGGCGGCAGGAGCGAAAAAACAGGCAGUAAGGGACGUCCAGUCAGAGGCGCUGCAGGCUCCUGCCCAGACAGAGAUGCAACUGGUCAGCAUGCUCUCUACAGUGGCCCUGUAGAAGCUGGUGAGAAUCGGAGAGGGGAGGGCUGUGAAAGUGAAAGAUCAUCCUGCAGUUUUCCAUUCAUUUCAUGUCCUGCCUGAACCACUGAAGUCGUCUCGGAGACAUCACUUCAGAAUGACUCGAGAAACUGUCAAAGCCUUUGUUGUGAUCUGUGGGAAUACACUGAAUUCCCACAAGCCCUUUUUGGAUCAUCUCUCUCGUUCACCCAACUUCCAUAAAGUGACCUCUGUGGAGGACAGUAACGUCAUCAUUGCUUUUGGAACUGACAUUCAAGCAGCUCUGCGGAAGAUUCAAGCAAUCUCAGCCACCCAGCCUGUCGUUCUAGUGGUGCUCCACCACAGAGCUGAGCAGAAUCCUGUCGCCCCGAACAGCAGCCAGAGUGUUGACAGGAGUGACGUGUUCACCGUGGACUGCCUGUUUAAUGAAGACCGAGGGCUGCUGAGCUGUCAGCACAAUGACGAGGCACUGAAAGCAGUGAAAGAGCAUCUGGGACUAGAGGAUGGACGUACUCACAGGAAGUCGUGGCCUUGUCAGCUGCUUUUCUGGACACUUGCCUUGUUGACCAUCAUUCUGAUUUCCUGCCUUGGCACUUCGGAUUACAUUCACGCCGUCUGGUUUAUUCCCUGGAUGCUCCUUCUCUUGGUGGUUCUCCUGGAGAGGUGUGGCUAUGGAAAGUGGAAUCUCCUGAUUAUUGUUAUUGUGAACGUGGUAGUGGUUCUAGUCUUCUCACUGAUACAAAGAACCAAAAAAGCCAAGGUCACCCACCUCUUAGAAAGACUAAUCUUUUCUAUCGAGAGAAAAUAACAGUACUGCUAUACUUGCUGAUGAACUCAUUUAACCCCGGGACGGAGAAUGUCAUGAAAACAAACGUGUAGCAAAAGAAAAAAAUGAUGCAUGAUUAUUAAUCGAUAUCCAUUCACUGACUAACAUAAUACACCAAUGAAUGUUUAUAUAAGCAGUUGCCGCACGGAGAUAAAGGGGAAACUACACUGUGUGCUGGGUCAGUUGUACCUGGAUUUGUGUUGAAAUAUUAAACAUUACUGUAAAUAAACCUG